AAGAAGUUGAGGCUCAAGCUAGACUUUCAGAACCACCGGAGCCUGCUGCCCCCCCCUGCAGUACCAGUUCCUGCUGCGGCGGGCGAUGUUCAAGCCGAUAGGCGAGGUGCAAGUGACGGCGGGCAGCAACGAGAGCAAGAGGACGGCGGCAGAGGCGGGGGUCGUGGGCGACCAGCCCGACGUGGUGGGCCCCUUGGCCAAGGCGCUGGCGCGGCUGGUCCUGCAGCACGAAGAUAUGGCGAGGUCGGCGCGCAGGGGCGACAACUUCGUGAUCCCGCUCAAGCCGACGCAGAAGAUGGCGACUGCGCUGGACCAGGCUCUGGCGUACUACGAGGAGGAGGGCGCCAAGGCCAAGGCGAAGGCGAAGGAGAAGCAGGAGGAGUUCAUGGGCAACCCACUCGGCAAGCGCCCCGAUGCGCUGGCGAGGGCAGUUCUGUUCCGCAUGUCGGAGGCCGUCGAGGACAAGAAGGAUGCAGUGCUGGCGGCCGUGGAACCGGGCAUCGAACCGCAGGUCGCCAUGGCCGCGCUGGACGAACUCUUGAAGGUUGGGAAGAUGGUGCAGGACCCGCUGAUGAAGUUCGUGGCAACGAGGUGCUUCAAAGUGAAGAGCAAGAACGACGAGGAGGGCCUCGAGACAGGAGGGUGCAAAUGGAUCUUUGCGGUGAACCACUACCAAGGGCUGAAGGAGUCGCUAAAUCUGCUGAGGCGCAAUGGCUCACUGGCCGCUGUUGGGGUGGGCCUCCAGUGCGACAUCGCGACGAGGUCCAAGGCGGCGAAGGAAGUGGAGUCGUUGGCGCUCAAGGGCGGCAAGGGUACGCAGGCGAGCAGGAGCAAUAAGCUCAGGAAGAAGUAGGAGCUGCGACGCUCACAGCAGCUGCGACGCCAGCGCCUACACCAGCAUCGGCGCCAGCACCAACGAGUGAGGGGAGAGGCUUUGCCGCUGCCGCCGAGAAUGGUACUCCUCCCUCCGCCUCUACCCUUACCUCGCCUUUUU